AUGAAUUCAAGAUGUCAGGUUGACCUCAUAGAUUUUCAAUCGCAACCUGAUGGAAAUUAUAAAUUCCUUUUAGUUUAUCAAGAUCAUCUUACAAAGUUCGUGGUUUUAAGACCUCUUCAAACAAAGAGAGCAGAAGAAGUUGCAGGACAGUUGCUUGAUAUAUUCCUGUUGUUUGGAGCCCCAUGUCUAUUGCAAUCGGACAAUGGACGAGAAUUUUGUUACAAACUUAUUGAUGACUUAAAAGUAACUUGGCCAGAGCUUAAGAUUGUGCAUGGCAAACCAAGACAUAGCCAAAGCCAAGGCAGUGUUGAGAGAGCCAAUCAGGUCAUAGAAAAUAUGUUGACGACUUGGAUGCAAGACAACCAGUCAACUUCGUGGAGUAACGGGUUAAAAUUUAUCCAGUUUAUGAAGAACAGAGCGUUCCAUUCUGGUAUUAAAAGGUCCCCCUACGAGGCUAUGUUUGGUUGCGCAGCUAGAGUUGGACUGUCAACAACUGCCAUUCCGAAGGAAGCAUUUAAUUCGUUGGUCGACGAAGAUCAAUUACAAAAUACUUUGACUGCAAUGAAUGUUUCUUCUCAACUUGAUAAUGAAAAAGUAGUUGAACAAACAGUAUUAAAUAAUGCCAUUACAAAAGUAUGUUUUCUCUGUUUAAAAGAAUGCAGUGAAGAUAUAGUUUGCUUCAAAUGUAUGGAGCCUGUCCAUAUAUCAUGUUCGGAAGAUUAUGUUUCAGAAGAUGAAGUUGAGCAGAAAAUCUGCAAAUUGUGUUUUAAUGAACUUAAUGUUCAAAGAGAAAGAUAA